GUGAGCGGGCUUCUUCAGCCUGCACACAGCCCCUGAAGGAUUUUGAUGCUAGCUAGCCAGCUGUUCUCCAAAAAUGGCAUCUUUCGUGACAGAAGUCCUUGCUAGUUCUGGUAAACUUGAAAAAGAAGAUCUCACUGGUAAAAUAAGCAAGCUGUCACGGAAAGUAGAAGAAACAAAGGAAGAGGUAUGUGACAUUAUCAACAAGAGGUACAAUGAGUUCCUACCCAGUAUGCAGGGGGCAGAGGCACUUAUGGGACAGGCCGAGGAGGUCUCUAAAGAAAUUGACGUCCUCAAAAGCUGCAUUGAGACAGAGGUGCAGCAUAAUCUUCAUACAGCUGUGACUGAAUAUGCCAAGCUGAAGCAGCAGCUGGAGAGAAACACUACUGUCAUUGCCAUGCUCAGGCACCUAGAAGAGUUUCACAUUGCAAUGGAGGAGUUUCACAAAGCCCUACUGGAGAAGAAGUAUGUAAUUUCGGCCAAGCAGUUAGAAAAGGCCCGGCACAGUGCAGACUCUCUGAAGGCGUGGAAAGGCUCUGAGCUGCCCCUGCUGAGAGCCCUGAGCUCAGAGCUCACUGUCCAGAGAGAGAACCUCAUCUACCAUCUGGGGGAUGAGUGGAAGAGACUGGCUGUCUGGAAACUGCCUCCUUCCAAAGAGUCGACAGGGAUUAAGUCUUUCCUGAAGAUGGAGCUCCAGCUGACCCUGGGCGGGAACAAGGAGCCCCAGCAGAGCCCUCCCCCUCUGCUCUCCUGUGUCCUCCAGGCCCUGGCCAUCCAGGGGGAACUCCAACACAAGAUAAAACUCUUCAGCCAGGUGCUGCUGAAGUACCUGCUGAAGCCCUUGAUCAUGUACCCCUCUCUGAACGUGGAGGUGUCGGAGCAGCAAGGCGAGGGCACCCUACUCUCUCUCCAGUGUGCCGAGACCCCCGAGGAGCACCCCAGCCCCUCCCAGGUCUACACCAAAGUCCUGGUGGUACUCAAGACCCUACACACACACCUGCUAGACGUAUCCGUUGCAGACGUAUCAGUUGGCGAGAGAAAAGUGUCUUUCAUACUGGGAGACCUGGUAUGGCAGGAGAUGUCUCACUGCAUCAUACAUGAGUGCCUCCUGUACUCAAUCCCAACCAAUAGCAGCCAGCUUGAACAGUACAGUGUGGUGAUCAAAGAGACGGAGGAGUUUGAGAAAUCCCUGAAGGAGAUGCAGUACCUCAGAGGAGACGCCACCGAGCUGCUCAAGUACGCCCGGGACAUCAACUGCCACUUUGCCAGCAAGAAAUGCAAAGACGUGAUUGUGGCGGCACGCAAGCUGAUGACCUCUGAGAUGCAUAACACCGUCAAAAUCACACCAGAUUCUAAGCUCUCGGUCCCCAAGCUGCCCAGCCCUGGAGAAAACAAGGGCAAGCAGGAGGCCAAGAAGCUUGAGGUGUCCAGGUUGGAGAACGAGAAGCAGCUGGGUGCGCGGACGCUGUGCCUGCCUGUGUGUCGCAUCAGCGAGUCGGUGCAGGAGCUGAUGGGGCUGGCCCUGCACACGCUGUCCGAGGCCGUGGGCAGCUCCAGCCAAUGUGCUACCCAACUGUUCUUCGCGGUGCGGAAUAUAUUCCAGCUAUUCUAUGAUGUUGUGCCUACAUACCAUAAAGAGAACCUGCUCAAGUUCCCCCACCUGGCAGCCAUCCAGCACAACAACUGCAUGUACAUCGCCCACCACCUGCUCACCCUCGGCCAUCAGUUCAGGCCACACCUGCCCUACCCCCUCAGCGAGGGCGCUGCCACCUUCGUGGACCUGGUGCCCGGCUUCAGGAAACUGGGCGCUCAGUGCUUCCUGGCCCAGCUGAACGUCCAGAGAGCGGAGAUGCUGGAGCGUCUCUCCACUGCACACAACUUCUCCAACCUGGAUGACGAGGACAACUACUCCGCAGCCAGCAAGGCCGUCAGGCAGGUCAUCCAUCAGCUGAAGAGGCUGGGCACCGUCUGGCAAGAUGUUCUACCAGUCAACAUAUACUGUAAAGCCAUGGGGACUCUACUCAACACUGCCAUCUCAGAGCUGAUUGCCAAAAUCAUGAUGCUGGAGGAUAUCUCCACUGAAGAUGGGGAGCACCUACACAUCCUCUGUCAGACUAUUAUCGAGGAAGGACCCCUGGUGUUCAUUCCUCUGCCUGAGGAGAGCAAGAACAAGAAGUACCAGGAGGAGGUACCCGUGUACGUGAAGAAGUGGAUCACCUUCAAGGAGCUGGUCAUCGUGCUGCGAGCUAACCUGCAGGAGAUAGUCGACAGGUGGGCGGAGGGCAAAGGGCCUCUGGCGCUGGAGUUCUGUAGUUCCGAGAUGAAGAGCCUGAUCCGAGCUUUGUUCCAGAACACUGAGAGGCGGGCGGUGGCUCUCAGCAAAAUCAAAGACUCUUGAUUCCAACAGACGACCCUUAUUUGCUGCAGCACUUUCCUUCACUGCUGUGGAAAAGUGUUCAUUAAUAUCUUAAUGCCUAGUUGUGAACUUAAAUGCAAUAUAUGCCAUUGUAACAAUAACUAUUUUGCAUAUAAACUGCAGUUUUGAAAUCCUGUUGUAUAUCCAGCUUUAAAAACCCAAUAAUGCACCAAUAAUGCUUCUACUUUCAGCUAAGCCAUUAAUGCAAUAAGGUACAGUAUGCCUGUGGACAAGCUCUACCACACUAAUAAUGCAUACCGGUACUGUACUAGGAUGCGCAAAAGGCUAGGGCUAUUGCCUUUCAUUAAACUGUGUUUUCUUUCUCUGUUCAUCAUUUCAUAAAAUGAUUUGUACCUGAAA